AUGUCUGAGGACUCGGAGCCUGACUCCCGCCUCCGGGGGAGACACUGCGAGCCCCCGGGCGUUCACACCCUGUGCAACCUCAGGACGCUCCUGGACAAGCUGCAGCGAGUGCACAGGCACGAGGUCGCCCUCUACACCUCGGGGCACCUGAACCCCAACAACCUCUACCGGCCCCCCGAGGUGGUCUUGCAUCACUGGCGCAAUGCCAACAGGCCGGCGCCGGGGCCCACCCCGGGGGCGCAGAAGGCCCCGGAUAAGAAGGUCGCCGCCAUGAGGGACGCGCUGGCCUAUUUCACCGUCCACACGGCCGUGAGCCCCAGCGAGGCGCAGGGCACGCGGCUGUUCGGGUACCUGCACCCCCCGGCCCCCGGGCCGCCCGCUUCAGAGGAAGACGGGGCUGCACAGCCGGGGGCGGGGCGGGGGCCCCUGCGGCGAAGGAGGGAAGAGCUCAGGUGGCCGGAGCUGAAGGUGCUGCGGUUCCGGCCGCCGCGGUCCAGCCGGGGGUGCCCGCUGGCCGCCCCGGGCGGGGACGAGCUCUGCUACGUCAGCUCCUACCUGGCCGGCGUGACCAGAGCCGACAAGUACAGGAGGUUCUUGAGCUUCCAAAGAGACGUGCUGGCCACGCGGGACCGGCGGCCGCGGGACUUCACGGGGCGCGGGGUGGCGACGGGCCACGAGAAGAGGCUGGAGCGGGAGCUCCGGAGAGUGUGCCUCUGUGACCCCCAGGAGCUCGGCAAGCUGCAGGUCCUCAGCCGGGUGUUCGAGGACAUCUGCCGCAGCUCCCUGGUAUUUGGCGACAUCCUGAAAGAAGUGAAGGACGAGUACGAGCUGUACACGGCCAUCCUCCUGAGCGCACAGCCCACGGAACAGUACGAGCCGCGUCUCCCCGAGNCCCCCCAGACGCUGCUGGCUCAGGCCAAGGGGCUGGAGACGAGCUCCGCGAGGACGGCGGACGUCCACCAGGCCAAGGAGGAGCUGAGGGCGCUCGUGGCGGCCACCAAGGCAGCCCUGGAGCACAAUGACGGGCUCAGGUGCGCACUCGAGGAGGAGCAGAGGUCGCUGCAGUGUGCUCGGGACAGCGCAGGUGCGUUCGGGACAGCGCAGGUGGGCUCGGGACAGCGCAGGUGCNCGCCCCGCAGGCUCAGGUGCGCACUCGAGGAGGAGCAGAGGUCGCUGCAGCGUGCUCGGGACAGCGCAGAAUCGCCCGAGAAAGCUGUGGCCGAGGAGGAGGGGAGCCUUACUCUCAGCGACCAGGUGCAAAGGGCAAGGUGCGCGGUACUUGAGAAGCUGGACGGAAUUCAGGCUCUUGAGAGAGAAGCGAAAACCACUUUGGUCCACACGGGAAUCCUGCGCGUCACCGAGAGCAGGGUCAAAAGCAUAGAGCUCUGUGCCAACGCCUCCACCGCGGCUGGGUGUCCCCGGCUCUGUGCCAACGCCUCCACCGCGGCUGGGUGUCCCCGGCUCUGUGCCAACGCCUCCACCGCGGCUGGGUGUCCCCGGCUCUGUGCCAACGCCUCCACCGCGGCUGGGUGUCCCCGGCUCUGUGCCAACGCCUCCACCGCGGCUGGGUGUCCCCGGCUCUGUGCCAACGCCUCCACCGCGGCUGGGUGUCCCCGGCUCUGUGCCAACGCCUCCACCGCGGCUGGGUGUCCCCGGCUCUGUGCCAACGCCUCCACCGCGGCUGGGUGUCCCCGGCUCUGUGCCAACGCCUCCACCGCGGCUGGGUGUCCCCGGCUCUGUGCCAACGCCUCCACCGCGGCUGGGUGUCCCCGGCUCUGUGCCAACGCCUCCACCGCGGCUGGGUGUCCCCGGCUCUGUGCCAACGCCUCCACCGCGGCUGGGUGUCCCCGGCUCUGUCCCAACGCCUCCACCGCGGCUGGGUGUCCCCGGCUCUGUCCUUCCCCUGCGGCCACCUAG